AAUGAAUGGUAAUUUUGCGGUGAAAAAAAAUUUUCAAGGGGAAAAAUUCUUUUUUUCUUUCCCGAGUCUUUCUUUCUCUCUUCCUCUUCUCCGGCGCUGAAUCCGUCGCAAUCCGGAGAUGUAAUCCGAUUCUUAUGAGUAGAUGCGUUAUCUCUUUUGUUAACAAUGGCUAAUGUCACCGCAUACUCGGAUGUGCUUGUGGUGAAUAUGGUUGGUGGCCUUGUCACUGGAGCAGUGGCCGAACGAUUAGGAGGCACUGGUUAUAUUUGCAAUACAUACAAGGGAAAUUAUCCUUCUCCUGUGGAAAUGGUUAGGAUGUUCAACUUUAAUGACAAGGUUAUAGAGAGGAUCGUGCAGUCAUCUAUAAACGAGCUCUCAUCAGCCAAAACUGUAUCUCCUGAAGAAAACAAUAAACAAGAAAGAGUUUAUAACGCUGAGAUUAAUAUCAAUGAACCAUCUACAUCUGAUGUUGUAGAAGAGAAAUCUGUGAUAUCUGAGGCUAUGGUAGUAGAUAUUGUUGCCCCAGAGACCAAAAUCAUCAAGGCCCCAAAAGCUGGAGCCAAGGCUUCGAAAGAAGCAAUAGAAAUGUGGCAAGAAAACGGUUUCUCUAGUCUAAUCAUGGCUGCACAAGACCAAGACCCAUGGAGCUUAGCUAAAGAUGUAUUGCCUCUGCUCUCUUGCCGCUGGCGACAUGUAUGCACAACCUUCAGCAGGGGAAGAUGGCGAUCAAUCUGCAAAUAACAGAACCAUGACUACGUGAAUAUCAGGUGCUUCCUUCAAGAACUCACCCUCACAUGCAAAUGAGUUCUUUUGGAGGCUAUGUUCUGAGCGGCAUCAGAAUCUCUACCACUUGAUUCUUGUUUGCAAACCUCAUGAUUCUUAUAGUUCUCAAUAACUGAGGUUUGAUGUUUGAUCUUUCCUUUCAGAAAGGUCUUUGUAUUUGUAUGUUGUUAAGAUAGAGGGCUGAGAUUAUAGGAAA